CCGUUCAGAAGGAGAGAAAGAAGGAGGGAGGAGGUGGGGAGGGAGGGAGCUGAGGCACAGCUUGGCUCUGCACUGCCGUGUGACUAGAAAUUGUAAUCGCGGAGAAAGAGAGAGACCGACAGAGCCUGGCCAAGCGAGAGACCAAGACAGACGGACAGACAGACAGAGAAUCUGGCCAAGACGGGCUCUCCAACCUACGAGAGGGUGAUGGGGACAGAGCCAGAGUGAGGAGGAGCUGGAGGAGAAGGAGAGAGGGGGCCUGGUCGUCCCAAGGGAGGCGAGACAGAGAGGGGGAGCCUGAAGAGGGGGCUGGGACCCAGGAGGUGGACAGGGACAAGGCCAGGGGACAGGCAGAGAGGAGAAGUGGGCUGGGGGUAGUGGCGGGAGAGAAAAGAGGCUGGCGGUGGGGGGAGAGUGGAGGUAGAGGUGGCGGUAGGGGUAGGAGACAGGAGGAAGCCAGCAGGGAGGGGAGGGGGAGACCGCUGCAGUGGCCUAGACGGGCUUCCCGGGGUAGGAAGGGCGACCGGUGAGGGGGGGGGGCGCGGGGAGACCCAAGAAGCCCCUGCGCCCCCCCCAGCACAACCUCGAAGGAAGCCCUGGAGAACUGGGGAGGCAGAGCCCCCCACCGGCUGGAGGCAUGUGGGGGGUGGGCCUGGGGCCCAGGGAGAGGCCCAGCGGAAGCGGAGCCUCCGGGCCCCCCGGCACCCACGCGGAGCAUGAACAUUGAGGAUGGCGUGCGCCCGCAGCUCCCCGUGCCCCCCACUGCCGCCCGGUAGGAUGUCCUGGCCCCAUGGGGCCCUGCUCUUCCUCUGGCUCUUCUCCCCACCCCUGGGGGCCGGCGGGGGCGGCGUGGCCAUGACAUUGGCAGCCGGAGGGGGCUCCCCGCCGGCCACCUCCUGCCCUGCGGCCUGCUCCUGCAGCAACCAGGCCAGCCGGGUGAUCUGCACGCGGAGAGAGCUGGCUGAGGUCCCGGCCAGCAUCCCUGUCAACACGCGGUACCUGAACCUGCAGGAGAACGGCAUCCAGGUGAUCCGGACGGACACGUUCAAGCACCUGCGGCACCUGGAGAUCCUGCAGCUGAGCAAGAACCUGGUGCGCAAGAUCGAGGUGGGCGCCUUCAACGGGCUGCCCAGCCUCAACACGCUCGAGCUGUUCGACAACCGGCUCACGACGGUGCCCACGCAGGCCUUCGAGUACCUGUCCAAGCUGCGGGAGCUCUGGCUGCGCAACAACCCCAUCGAGAGCAUCCCCUCGUACGCCUUCAACCGCGUGCCCUCCCUGCGGCGCCUGGACCUGGGCGAGCUCAAGCGGCUGGAGUACAUCUCCGAGGCGGCCUUCGAGGGCCUGGUCAACCUGCGCUACCUCAACCUGGGCAUGUGCAACCUCAAGGACAUCCCCAACCUGACGGCCCUGGUGCGCCUGGAGGAGCUGGAGCUGUCGGGCAACCGGCUGGACCUGAUCCGCCCGGGUUCCUUCCAGGGCCUCACCAGCCUGCGCAAGCUGUGGCUCAUGCACGCCCAGGUGGCCACCAUCGAGCGCAACGCCUUCGACGACCUCAAGUCGCUGGAGGAGCUCAACCUGUCCCACAACAACCUGAUGUCGCUACCCCACGACCUCUUCACGCCCCUGCACCGCCUGGAGCGCGUCCACCUCAACCAUAACCCCUGGCACUGCAACUGCGACGUGCUCUGGCUGAGCUGGUGGCUCAAGGAGACGGUGCCCAGCAACACGACGUGCUGCGCCCGCUGCCACGCGCCCGCCGGCCUCAAGGGCCGCUACAUCGGGGAGCUGGACCAGUCGCACUUCACCUGCUACGCGCCGGUCAUCGUGGAGCCGCCCACGGACCUGAACGUCACCGAGGGCAUGGCCGCCGAGCUCAAGUGUCGCACGGGCACCUCCAUGACCUCCGUCAACUGGCUGACGCCCAACGGCACCCUCAUGACCCACGGCUCCUACCGCGUGCGCAUCUCCGUCCUGCACGACGGCACGCUCAACUUCACCAACGUCACGGUGCAGGACACGGGCCAGUACACAUGCAUGGUGACGAACUCGGCCGGCAACACCACCGCCUCAGCCACGCUCAACGUCUCGGCCGUGGACCCCGUGGCUGCCGGCGGUGCGGGCGGCGGCGGGGGCGGCCCGGGAGGGACGCCGCUGGCGGCCUCGUCGUCCACCACGGCGCCCUCCCCGCGCUCCUCUCGGCCCACGGAGAAGGCGUUCACGGUGCCCAUCACGGACGUGACGGAGAACGCCCUCAAGGACCUGGACGACGUCAUGAAGACCACCAAGAUCAUCAUCGGCUGCUUCGUGGCCAUCACGUUCAUGGCCGCCGUGAUGCUCGUGGCCUUCUACAAGCUGCGCAAGCAGCACCAGUCCACCAAGCACCACGGGCCCACGCGCACCGUGGAGAUCAUCAACGUGGAGGACGAGCUGCCUGCCGCCUCGGCCGUGUCCGUGGCCGCCGCCGCCGUGGCCGGUGGGGGGGGCGUCGGCGGGGACAGCCACCUGGCCCUGCCCGCCCUGGAGCGCGACCACCUCAACCACCACCACUACGUGGCGGCUGCCUUCAAGGCGCACUACAGCGGCAACCCCAGCGGCGGGGGCUGCGGCGGCAAGGGCCCCCCGGGGCUCAACUCCAUCCACGAACCUCUGCUCUUCAAGAGUGGCUCCAAGGAGAAUGUGCAAGAGACGCAGAUCUGAAGCUGCCGGGCGGGGGCCCCCGGGGCUCGGGCCACACCGGGACCCUCUCCACAGCCCCGGCCCCGCGCCCGGACCACGCAGGGAAGGUCAGGGAAGGAGGGGCCGCAGCCCCGCCCGCGUGCGGACCCCUGGGCGGCUCACCUCCGCGAGGACAGGGCGGGGCUCCGGGAACGGAACCCCCGCGGUUCUGGCCCUAGCCCCCCAUCCCAGGCGACGGGAGGGGAUGCAGGAUUCUGGAGAAGUGGCUGGAACCCUCCGCUUUUCCUCCUCGCGCUCUCAACCGACCCUUCCCAGCCCUCCGCCUUCCAGGAGAGAGAGGAGCUUUUGGGGGGGUGUCCUUUCCCCUCAUCCCCAACGACCCUCCUUUUAUGGUUCAUUUUUUGCAGUAUGACGCCUGUCCCCCCUCCCGCCCCUCCGCCCUCGAAACUGAAGAGACAGACGCGCGGUCAGAGCCUCCAGACACCCUGCCCUGCCCCCCCUUCACCCCCAGCCCUCACCUGCCCCACAGACUCUUUUGAUACUGAAGGGAGGUUUGCGUCAACGACUACCUGCUCUGUAAUUACUUUAAAAAAAAACACGGAAAAAGUAAAAAAAAAUAUUUUUUUUGGUCAUGAAAGCAUGGAGGACAGAGAAAACAGUGAAUGCGGGCGGGGGCGCAAUGAGGAUGUCAAGUGUCACAGGCCCCACCCGGAGGGUCGGAGGGAUCAGCACCUCCAGUGGCUCCUAGGCCCCUCACCCUUGACCUCAGGAGUUCCAGAGAGGGGCUCAGGCACCCAGCACACCCUUAUGUACUGGGGCCUUCGUCCCCGGCCCCCACUCAUGCCCCCCAGGGUUCCACGGGCUGGGGGCUGGGCAGCUCCUAGUUCCAGAUCCAGGAGUCCAGGACCAGGGUAUGGACAGGUGGAGGAGCCGGUGGGGGAGGACCCUUCUUUGCCUCCUGCAGCUCAGCUCCACUCCAGUCUCCAGGUGGCAUU